GUUCCCUUUGAUUAUAUACAAUUUCAUAUAGUUACUACAUACUUAUGAAAAGGAUUGUUCGCUGGAAUAAAGAUGAAAAUGAAGAGAAAAGGAGACAAGGGGUUAUUUAUUGCAAACAAGGGAGCAACAGAGGAGAAGAUACCUGAACAUCUACAGCAUGAGAUUGUAAGUGGACAAGAUGGCGAACUAGAAGAUAUGCUGAAUGAUGAAACUGAUUCCAUGUAUAGCUCUGGAGUCUCAGCAUCUUGGAGUAAAAGAGCCAAGCUGCAGUUGAAGAUCCAUGAAACGGAAAUGAAGAUACAGAAUUAUCAGAUUGCCAUCACCAUCAUUGAAGCACGGCAGCUCGUCGGUGAGAAUAUAGACCCGGUGGUGAUUAUAGAAAUUGGGGAUGAAAAGAAGCAGACUACAGUCAAAGAAGGAACCAAUACACCAUUUUAUAAUGAAUAUUUUCUAUUUGAUUUCACUGGGCCCCAAGUUCAUCUGUUUGACAAAAUUAUCAACAUCUCUGUUAUGCAUAACAAACUUCUAAAAAGUGUAUUGAUUGGCUCCUUCAAAGUAGAUUUGGGAACUGUUUACAACGAACCAGGUCAUCAGUUCUGUGAUAAAUGGGCCGUUCUCACGAAUCCAGCUGACAUUAAGACAGGAGUCAAGGGAUAUCUGAAAUGUGACAUCAGUGUGGCGGGGAAAGGAGACACGAUCCAAGCAGCUCAGAAAGGAAGUGAUGCCGAAGAGCAGAUAGAGAAAAAUCUCUUGAUUCCAAAGGGAUUUCCAUCAGAAAGACCUUGGGCUAGAUUUUAUGUGAGAAUCUACAAAGCUGAGGAGCUUCCAAAAAUGAACUCCAGCAUCAUGGCCAAUGUCACAAAAGCUUUCAUAGGCGAUAGUAAGGAUCUGGUGGAUCCCUUUGUGGUUGUCAUGUUUGCAGGUCAAAGGGGGCGAACCACGGUGCAAAAAAAUUGUGCUGACCCUGUGUGGCAUGAACAGGUUGUCUUUAAAGAAAUGUUUCCCCCAUUGUGCCGGAGAGUCAAAAUCCAAGUAUGGGACGAAGGCAGCAUGAAUGAUGUGGCUUUGGCAACUCAUAUGAUAGACCUGAAGAAGAUCUCAAAUGAACAGGAUGGCGAGAAAGGCUUCCUGCCUACUUUUGGGCCUGCUUGGAUCAAUCUUUAUGGUGCACCCAGGAACCACAGCUUGAUGGAUGACUACCAGGAGCUCAACGAAGGUUAUGGGGAAGGUGUCUCUUUUAGGGGACGUCUCCUAAUUGAGCUUGCAGUGGAAAUCCUCUCUGGUGCAGCCCAGGAAUCAAAGUUCUCAAAGAUCCUCAAGGAUGUGAAGCGGCCAUUGAAGGACAAAGAUUCUAAAAGUUCAAAAGACAAAGGGGCAGAAGAUGGCAAGUCACCUUCCUCUUCAGAUAAAACGAAUACAACAGAUGCGGGAGUGGAAGCUUUUGAUGUGCCCCCUGAGAUCCAUGAAGAGCAACUUGCGGAAUUCCUUCUCUUCGGGGCAUUUUUUGAAGCAACAAUGAUUGAUAGGAAGAUUGGAGAUAAACCAAUAAGCUUUGAAGUAUCUGUUGGGAACUUUGGAAAUGUGAUUGAUGGAGUGUCAUCUGGAGCCAGGGGGAAAAAGAAGACCCAUGAAGGAGAAGAAGAAGAAGGUUCUCCUUUGUUGCAAGAAGGAACAGGAGAAGAUUCACCUGACGUUGCAAUGCCUCUGAUAUCUACCACAUCUCCUGAAAAGCCAUUAAUUACGGAAGGAAACAGAAACUACCUCUACUUGCCUUACGGUGAGAAGAAGCCUUGCGUCUACGUCAAGAGCUUUUGGGGGAAUCAAACUUUUCGGUUGUAUUUCUCAAAUACCCUGGAAAAAAUGGGAGAUCUCUUGGAAGAAGGUUUGGAGCAAGUGAAAAAUCUCAUUAAAGUUUCUGAGAUUGCAUCAGAAGAGAAAAUAAAGUCGACUCUGGUUGAUUUUAUCAAGCAAAGUAGGGCCUUUAUCACAAAUGCUGAAAAAAAGCCCAAACUCAUGAAUCGGACAGCUUUGGAUAAAAAGAGAUUGAAACUGUGCAAGCAAGAACUGGAAGCCAUGUCGAGGGAUGCUAAAGGGAUUCUCCAGCAGCAAAAAAAGAAGAUUUCGCUAGAUGAAAUGAUGCGUGAAACACAAAACUUUAUAGAGAGGAUUCGGUUCUUAAUUGACGAGCCUCAACAUACAGUGCCCGACAUCUUCAUCUGGAUGCUUAGCAACAAUAAAAGAAUCGCCUAUACAAGAAUCCCAGCCAAAGACGUGCUAUAUUCCCCUAAGAUGGAGCAGCAGGGCAAACAUUGCGGGAAGAUUAAAACCCACUUUUUGAAAUUGCCAGGAAAAAGGCCUCCAGGUUGGAACGUCCAUGGAAAAGUUGACACUUAUCUCUGGCUUGGCUCUAGUAACUACGCCCAUGCUAUUUUCGAAAACUUACCAGUUGGAUAUGAAACAGAAGCACUUUUGGCAGAAAGUACAGGAUCCCAUCCUACUCCCUACCCUGCCAGUCUGAUCUACAAAACCAAGAAUAUUUUUCAACUGAGAGCUCACAUGUAUCAAGCAAGAGGAUUAAUUGCAGCUGACAGCAGCGGCCUCUCGGAUCCUUUUGCUAAAGUGACUUUUGUUUCCCACUGCCAGACCACAAAGAUCAUUCAGCAAACUUUGUCUCCCACUUGGAACCAGAUGUUGCUUUUUAAUAAUAUUCAGCUUCAUGGCGAAGCCAAGGAAAUUGCUGAAUUCCCUCCUGUAAUCAUUGUGGAACUCUAUGAUGAUGAUGCUGUGGGAAAAUCAGAAUAUAUCGGUGCAACUGUGGCUGCUCCAGUAACUAGGCUGGUGGAGAACAAAUAUGAGCCCCCAAAACUUAGUUACCAUCCUCUCUACUGUGGCAGCCUUUCAGGGGGGGAUCUUCUGGCUGCAUUUGAGCUGCUUGAGGUCCCUGAUUCUGGCCCAGAAAACCUUCCACCUCUUGAUCCUCCAGAUGCCAGCCUAAUCUAUGCAGUCCCAGCCAAUAUACGACCUGUAUUAAGUAAAUAUAGAGUAGAAGUUCUAUUCUGGGGUCUUCGGGAACUGAAGAAAGUUCAGUUUCUAUCUGUUGAUCGUCCCCAAGUCUUCAUUGAAUGUGCCAGUAAAGGAGUGAAAUCCUGUGUGAUCCAGAGCUACAAAAAAAAUCCUAACUUUAAUACCCUGACGGACUGGUUUGAAGUGGAAUUGCCUGAAAAUGAACUUCUGCACCCUCCACUAAGCAUCUGUGUCGUUGAUUGGAGAGCCUUUGGCCGUAGCACUCUAGUGGGGACCCACACUGUCAACUGCCUUAAGCAGUUUCUGUAUAAACUCAAGGAACCUCUUGUUUCCUUAGCUAAAGAAGCUGAUAUUGUGGAAGUGGACAAAGCUUCACCUGCUCCAGCUGCUGCUCCAGCACAACCUCACACAAGUCAACUUCCAUCACCUUCAUCAGAUCACAUUUAUGUUGACGUGGAACACGGAGAGCCUGUUUUAGCCAUCCCAAAACCUGAGGCGGAGGAAGUACAUAUUCCCCUAUCACCCCUGCUGCUACCACCAGCUCCUUCACGGAAACCUUCAUUAGCGUCUUCCUCUAGACCUUCAAAAGAUGGAAGACUAAAAGACCGCAAAAAAUCAAUUUACCGCUCUACCAAGAGGAAAAAAAGAACUGUUGCUGAUGAAUCUGCUGAAAAUGUCAUUGAUUGGUGGUCAAAGUAUUAUGCUUCAAUACAAAAAGUACAAAAGGCAAAAGUCUUGGAUUUCAAUGAUGGAAAACCAGGAACAUCAAAAGACACGACAAACUCUGUAAGCUUUAGCACUGAAGAUGAGCCAGAUAAAAAGAAGAAAGAGAAAUUGCUGAAAGCCAAAGUGACAGAGGCGUCUCCCAAGCUAGCCACCAUGGAGGUCUAUGAUGGCGAUUUGGAGAGCGAGUUCAACAAUUUUGAAGACUGGGUAAAAACAUUUGAACUCCUUCGAGGCAAAAUUACUGAGGAAGAUCAUACUGAUUUUGAAGACAGGAUUGUCGGGAAAUUUAAGGGCUGCUUCUGCAUAUACAAAACUCCUGAAGACUCUUCCUCAGGCGACGGAAGUUCUCUGAGAAUUCUGCAAGGCCUACCCCCAAAUCAGUCAGUGAAUGUUCUAAUCAGAGUAUACAUUGUGGCCGCUUUUAAUCUUAGUCCUGCUGACCCUGAUGGUAAAUCUGAUCCUUAUAUUGUGCUGAAAUUGGGGGAAACACAAAUUAAGGACCGAGACAAGUACAUUCCAAAACAACUAAAUCCCAUCUUUGGUCGGUCAUUUGAAAUUCAGGCAACUUUUCCUAAAGAGUCCUUGCUUUCAGUCCUGAUCUAUGACCAUGAUUUGAUUGGUUCAGAUGACCUCAUUGGAGAAACUAAAAUUGAUCUAGAAAACCGUUUCUACAGCAGGCACAGGGCUACCUGUGGAUUACAAAGCCAAUAUGAAAUUGAGGGAUACAACGCUUGGAGAGAUGCCCUCAAGCCAACUGAAAUCUUGACCAAGUUAUGCAAAGAUAACAAACUGAACGAGCCGAUCAUGCAACCUGGAAAGAUACAAAUAGGGAGCAAGAUCUUUACGGGACAAACUGUCUUUCAAGAGGAUGAAAAUGAGGGGGAGCCAGUGGAAUCGUAUGAGCACCUCGCUUUGAAAGUUUUGCGUUCUUGGAAUGAAAUUCCAGAGGUUGGAUGUAAGUUGGUGCCUGACCACAUUGAGACAAGGCCUCUCUAUCACAAAGAUAAACCUGGCAUGGAACAGGGUCGUGUGCAGAUGUGGGUGGAUAUAUUUCCUAAAGAUAUGCCUCUUCCCGGCCCUCCCGUUGACAUUUCACCUAGAAAGCCCAAAGGUUACGAACUAAGAGUAAUAAUCUGGAAUACUGAAGAUGUCAUUCUGGAGGAUGAAAAUAUCUUCACAGGACAAAAAUCAAGUGAUAUCUAUGUAAAAGGGUGGUUGAAAGGCCUUGAAGAGGAUAAACAGGAGACAGAUGUCCAUUACAACUCCUUGACAGGAGAAGGGAAUUUCAACUGGCGCUUUGUGUUUCCAUUCCACUAUCUCCCACCUGAAAAACAGAUGGUUGUCUCCAAGCGGGAGAACAUAUUUUCCUUGGAAAAGACAGAACGCAAAAUGCCUCCAGUAUUGGUCCUCCAAGUGUGGGAUUUUGAACGACUGUCUUCUGAUGACUUUCUGGGGUCUCUUGAAAUGAACUUGAACUGCUUUUCUCGAGCUGCCAAAUCUGCCAAGCGUUGUGACAUAAGCACAAUAACGGAAAAGGAAGAGAACAACAUUUCCAUAUUUCAGCAGAAGCGGGUCAGAGGCUGGUGGCCUUUCAGCAAAGCUGGAGAACUUACGGGCAAAGUGGAAGCUGAAUUUCAUUUAGUGACGGCCGAGGAGGCUGAAAAAAAUCCAGUCGGCAAAGCUCGGAAGGAACCGGAGCCUUUGGAAAAACCCAACCGGCCCGACACAUCCUUCUCCUGGUUUGUGAAUCCUUUCAAGUGUUUGUAUUAUCUGAUCUGGAGAAAUUACAAGAAAUACAUCAUUAUUGGCCUAAUCCUAAUUAUUUUAGUUAUCUUCUUAGUACUCUUCAUCUACACACUGCCUGGAGCCAUCAGUCGUAGGAUUGUUGUAGGAUCUUAGAAAGAAUCCCUCAGCUAUGCAAUUUAUUAAAAUCAAAGUAAAUAAAAACUUCGCUUUUAUUCAUGCUUAGAACUUCCUCUAACUCAGAGGUGUCCAACCUUGGCAACUUUAAGACUUUGUGGACUUCAAAUCCCAGAAUUCCCCAGCCAGCAAGAUUGGAUACCUGUGCUCUAAUUCUUUAUUUCAAGAUAUUUCAUAUAUAUAUAUAUAUAUCUCAUGAUGUAAGUUGUUAGUGUCAAGGUAAACAAAGAACAGAAUUGUAUGUUUAAAUUGAAGUACAUUCCAGUUUGGGAUGCAGUGGCUCAGUGGCUAAGACGUUG